UUCAAUGAGAGAAGAAGAGUCGGCCUUCUGACGUCACUGUCUUGUUUGGAGGAAGGCCGGAGGAAGAUGGCGGGGUCCAAGGUGAAGCAGGACAUGCCUCCUCAGGGAGGCUAUGCUGCGUUUGAUUAUAAGAGAAAUCUUCCGAAACGAGGACUUUCGGGAUAUAGCAUGUUUGGUAUUGGUAUCGGCCUCAUGAUGUUUGGCUACUGGAGGCUAUUUAAGUGGAACAGAGAGAGGAGGCGCCUGCAGAUUGAGGAGAUGGAGGCCAGGAUAGCUCUGAUGCCCCUGCUGCAGGCGGAGCAUGACAGACGGACUCUAAGAAUGCUGAGAGAAAACCUAGAAGAGGAGGCAGUUCUCAUGAAGGAUGUUCCAGGUUGGAAGGUUGGUGAGAGUGUAUUCCACACAGACCGCUGGGUCACGCCGCUCUCAGAGGAGCUGUUCAACCUCCACCCCCGUGAGGAGCUUUUACACAAACGUUUUGGCUUCUUGUGGUAUGUGUAAACACCACUAUAAACAGUGUGACCACUUCCCACAGCCAGCUGUGCAGACUUGUAUCUUGAGUCAAUUCAACUUCAUGUUCAAUAUUAAAAUCUUUCUGUACUUCA